AUGGCAAAGGCAGAGACAUCGGAUCUCAGCGCAGAGCUCAGGACAAAAAGGACGAUAUAUACGCUAGGGCUGAGUCACCUCGAAGCUAAUGGGGUGGAGAAUGCUUCUUGCGCUGCGGUGUCAGUUGACAGAGAACUGGUUGGCGUCUUCAGAACGGACGCAAAGACGCGCUCGCCAAUAGUCUACCAGGGUCAAAAGCCACCGCUGAGGCCCCUGACGCCCGACGAGAAUCGGGGAGGGCCUUGCGUGGAAAACGCACGGUGUCUCCUAUCCACUAGCGCAUGCGGCGUGCGCAUGGCUCGUCCCGAAUCGGUGUUCCUCGAUGCGAGUAAUGUGAUACUGCAUCUGGUCCGACUACGACGGAAAGAGUAUCAGACGAAACCUGCGACCGAUCAUAUGCCGUGUAUCAGAGCACAACGGGCCUUGGUUCCCGCCCGGAGAAGGCACUGGUGGGACGAGGAAGGUUACGCCGGCGCCGACGACGAACCGGUAGACGAGGUUUGUCGAAAACUCCGGUGCCGCUGCCAGCAGGCCCGGGGAGACCGGCUGAGCUCGCACGGUUUGAUUUGCGGUGCAGCCGAUGCAGGCAAGGCGGAUUCCAAUAUUGCCUCGAGCACGAGAUGCCCCCACGAGAAGGGGUCUCCGGGGACGCAGGCAGCCGGCCGAGCCGGCCAUUGGCCGUGGCCGCGAUCCCCGGCGGGCACGCUGUGGUCUUAUCGCACGGUCGUUUCGGUGAUUCGAUGUGAGCUUACCAUCAGCCCGGAUCUUGCAACGGCCCUUUUCCUCGUCAACCGCAAGCGGCAAACCAACCAACCAGUUGUGCGCACGGGGCCCUUCUCGUGGCAUGUGGGAGUCAUGGUGUUGUUAUUAUUAGCGUCACCAACUCAGGAUCCCUGA